AUGCGGAUAACAUCUGGCAAACAAGCCUUGGCGGAGGAGAAGUUUGCCAAGGACCUUGACACGCUGACUCGUUACUACCUUGUCGAGUACGGCGAACAGCAGCUGGGGAUGCUCCAGAUACACCCGUUGGUCAAGACCUGCACGCAGUUCUGGCUGGAGAAGACGGGCCACCGCGCACGGUGGAAGAAGCACUUCCUGCGGUCAAUGGCGUGCGAGUUUCCCGAGCGACCAUCGGACCAUUGGGACGAAUGCGAACAGCUCAGUCUCCACCUACAGCAUCUGAGCGGAUCGGACGAUGAAGUGUCUGACAAAGCCAGCGUCAAGAUCUGGAUUGAGCUUUGUCAGGGUAGCACAGUGCUGUACCGGGCCAUCGACCUCGGGGAAGAUGUGCUGGGCGUGGCCGAGGAGUCGACCAUGGCCAGCCGCGUUGAGCUGAUCUAG